AACCCUCAACAGCCAGGCCCCGCCCCUCAGGGCGCCCCAACGGCCAGGCCCCGCCCCUCGAGGCGCCCUAACAGCCAGGCACCGCCCCUCGAGGCGCUCUAACAGCCAGGCCCCGCCCCUCGAGACGCUCUAACGGCCAGGCUCCGCCCCUCGAGGCGCCCCAACGGCCAGGCCCCUCCCCCGCGUGCGUGCGCGGCCUCGCGGAAACGGGCGGGCGCCCGCGUCGUCAGAGGCUGAGGUGGCAGCCGCCCCGCCAACAUGGAGCUGCCGGAGAUGCCGCAGCUGAUGGGGCUGUCGCUGUUGCUCGGGCUGCUGGCCCUGAUGGCGACGGCGGCGGUAGCGCGGGGGUGGCUGCGCGCUGAGGAGGCGAAGAGCAGCCGGUCCGCCAGCCAAAAAGCAAAUGGAUUUCCACUUAGCAAAAGCUCGGCAUCCAAGAAGCAGAAACAGCAUCAGCGGAUUCGCAAGGAGAAGCCUCAACAACACAACUUCACCCAUCGCCUCCUGGCUGCAGCACUGAAGAGCCACAGCGGGAACAUAUCUUGCAUGGACUUCAGCAGUAAUGGCAAGUACCUGGCCACCUGUGCAGAUGAUCGCACUAUCCGCAUCUGGAGCACCAAGGACUUCCUGCAGCGGGAGCAUCGCAGCAUGAGAGCCAACGUGGAGCUGGACCAUGCCACCUUGGUGCGCUUCAGCCCUGACUGCAGAGCCUUCAUUGUCUGGCUGGCCAGUGGGGACACCCUCCGUGUCUUCAAGAUGACCAAGCGAGAGGAUGGGGGCUACACAUUCACAGCCACCCCAGAGGACUUCCCUAAAAAGCACAAGGCACCUGUCAUCAACAUUGGCAUUGCUAGCACAGGGAAGUUCAUCAUGACUGUCUCCAGUGACACGACUAUCCUCAUCUGGAACCUGAAAGGCCAGGUGCUAUCUACCAUCAACACAAACCAGAUGAACAAUACGCAUGCAGCUAUAUCCCCUUGUAGCAGGUUUGUGGCAUCAUGUGGCUUCACCCCGGAUGUGAAGGUUUGGGAAGUUUGCUUUGGGAAGAAGGGGGACUUCCAGGAGGUUGUGCGAGCCUUUGAACUGAAGGGCCACUCUGCAGCUGUCCACUCCUUCGCUUUCUCCAACGACUCCCGGAGGAUGGCCUCCGUCUCCAAGGAUGGUACAUGGAAACUGUGGGACAUUGAUGUGGAAUACAAGAAGCAGCAGGACCCCUACUUGCUGAGGACAGGCCGCUUUGAAGAGGCGGGCACCACGCUGUGCCGCCUAGCACUCUCCCCUGACGCCCAGGUCUUGGCCUUGGCCAGCGGCAGCAGUAUUCAUCUCUACAAUACCCGGCGGGGUGAGAAGGAGGAAUGCUUUGAGCAGGUCCAUGGAGAGUGUAUCACUGACUUGUCCUUUGACAUCACUGGCCGGUUUCUGGCUUCCUGUGGGGACCGGGCUGUACGGCUCUUCCACAACACCCCUGGCCAUCGGGCCGUGAUGGAGGAAAUGCAGGGCCACCUGAAGCGGGCCUCCAAUGACAGCACCCGCCAGAGGCUGCAGCAGCAGCUGACCCAGGCCCAGGAGGCCCUGAAGAGCCUGGGGGCCCUGAAGAAGUGAAGGGCAUGGCAGGAGGGGUCGGCCACCUGCUCCCCAGCUGCUGCCACUUUUCUUUCCCAGGUACUCCUGGCUGGAAACCUUUUGAAAGGAGUCUCCUGAUUUUCUCAUUGGUGGCCCCUCUCCUCUUUUUCGCAUUGAAGCUGUUCUUGCCUGCUUAGAUCUCUCUCUCUUCUUCUUGGGUGUGACUCCUCCCAGAUUACUGACCAAGGUGCUACUUUUACUCCUGGGCCCAAGGGGUGGAAUCUGUCCUCACACAGCACCCAGGAAAGUGGUAGAAGAGAGUGAAAACAUGGUUUUUGACCUUGUGACAUACCCUGAUACCCAGAAAAGUUUGUGAGUGUGGAGGCAAUACCUAGGAAACACCUGAGUACUAAGCAGCACUGUACAAGGGUGGGAGGCUGGCACAUCUUCCGGAACAGAACUAUGCUCAGGGAUUAGGGCAAGGCUAGUCUUAACUUAGUCCUAAGUCCACCAAAAAGUAGGUAAGGGAUUUCAUUCUUGGCCUCAGUUUUCUUAUUUGUAAAAUGGAGAAUAAGCCUCUCUGUGACCUCUGCAAAGAUGUGAGGCUAAGAGAGUAUAAAGUCCCUAGGUUUGGGAGAAAAAUGGAAAAGAGUAGUGAUAUUGUCCAGGUAAGAGUAGAAAUCAGCGUGGUUCAAAACCAAAUUAGAAAGAAAGAAACACAUUCCUUGGGAAGGCGAAGUUUUCUGGGACUUGGUCCUACUUUUUGUAUGGUUUUGCUUUAAGUAGUGUGGAAGAAUCAUAAAAUACCAAGAUGGGGCUCCUGUCUUCCAGGAGGUUCUUUCCUUUUUGAGGAGACCUGUUUUUAGUUCAUCAGGUAGUUGAGUGCCUACUGUGUGCCCAACACGGCACUAGGCCCUGCAGAUAUACGUGAGUACGACACGGUUUCUGCCAUCAAAGAUGGCUGGUGGAAGAGAGAGCCAGACACAUCUGUUAAGUGCUUUUUGUUAAUUUGUUCGUAGCCACAGUAGGCUGUUGUAAAAGUCAAGGCAAGAGAGAGGAUUGAAUCUGAACAAAGGCCAUGGCUAUGCAGUUGAAGGGGUAGAUUUGAUAAGAGAGUAGGAAUUUGGAAAUUUAAAUUUUUGAAUUUGAGGACUUCUUGGAUAUGGGAGGUAAGAGAAAUGAGGAAUCUAGAAAGACUUGGGUCUAAGCAAAAUGUGUUCAUCUAAAAUCAAAGUCUGGGUCUCUCUCACUGAAACUGGUCUUCCUCUGGUUGUCCCCAACCUAUAAAUGUUUGACUAAGCCAUAACCUUGGAGUUACCCUCCAUUGCUCUCCAUCUCACCACUGCUACUGCCAUCUACUCAUCAGAACAUUCUUUUGGUCACGCUCCACAUGACAUCCUGAAUCUGCUGCUUUUCUCCAUAGUUUCUGUUAGUAUCCUGCUCCUAGCCAGUGUCACCUGCUGGACUACUAUAAUAUCACUUCCUAAUUGGUCUGUCUCCUCUCUGUUGCCUCAUGAAAUUACUUUUGUACCUAACAGUGAUCUUUUGAAAAUGUAAACCACAUUAUUCCCUGGGUAAAAGACUCCAAAGGCUUCCCAUUGACACUUGGGAUAAAAUCCAGAAUUCUUACCAUGGUUUGCAUAGUCCUUUGUAAUCUGGCUUCUUCCUUCUUCUGUGACCUUUUUAUUGCUCUCCCAGCCACCCCAACAUUGCUGUUCUCUGAACCAGCCAACCUAUUUCCAACCUCGAGUAGGACUGGUUCCUAUGCUGUUCCCUCUGCUUGGAAGCAUUUUUCUCUUCCGUUGGCAGAUUUGUCAUGUUCAUCACAAUUCAGUUCUCAGUUGCAGUUACACUUCAGAGAGAUGCUCUUCCACCCAGUCAGAAGUAGCCCUUUCCACCAGUCAUCACAUUACACCACAUUAGCUUUUCAAAUUUAUUUUAUAUUAAUGGUCUCUGAAAUUAUCUUGUUUGGAUAUUUGUUUGCUUCAGGGGUUUCAGCUUAAAUGCUUAUGGAUGUCAGUGCGUAACAUAAAUGUGGGAAUUGGGCCAUAGUCAUCUGGGUAUGAGACAGUAGGAAAUGGUGGGGACAGAAGGGAGCUGGAGGGCUGUGUCCUAGGUAUGGGGCGGCGGAUGCUGACUACUUAUCAUUCAAGGUAUCCAGCAGAAGUUGCCUGUUUUAAAGAAGCUAGAAGUUGGCGACAACUUAUUUUUCAAAAAAAAAUUAAGCACUGUAUGGACCAGACAAAACACUAAUGUGGGCCAGAUGCCAUCCCAGUCUCUCCAUGGCAGCUUCCCACUGGAAUGUGAGCUCCAGGAGGGCAGACUCCUUAUAUCUUGCUUUCUUGGGGUUCCAAGCACAGUACCUGAGACACAGUAAGCACUCAAUAAAUGUUGGAUUCAAACCGGGGGCAGUCAACAGAAAUUUUGGUAUCUUCUCCAUGUAUCUUCCUGCCCAGUCUCCACCAUGGUUUCAUGUUCCUAUUAAGGAACUUCCGACUGAUAAUGCUAUGGACACAGGGCCUGGUGAAUAUUUACUUUCUGAUUGUCAAAAGAAUGAGUCUAAAAAGUUUUUCCUUUGCAUACUUGUUUUGAGAAGCAGCUUUGGCAUUACUGCCAUUGUACAUCCAAGAGAAAAAAUGACAAUAUGUUGUUGCUGAAGUCAGAAGUCUUCAGAUUCAGUCUCCACUGGGUCACUUACUGACUUGAGACCUGGAGCCAGGUAGGCCACUUGACCUCUCUGAGUUUGUUUCCUCAUCUGUAAAAUGGGAAUAAAUCCUGUUUUGUCUA